UGCCUUUUCUGGUAGGAUGAGCGAUUCUGCUUACAGAGUCGAAACCACGUCGCGCCUCGCCCAAUGGAGAAUCGAAAACCCUGCUUCCUGCACUUACCGCAAAUCUGAUCCUUUCAAGAUCGGCAAGUGGAACUGGCAUUUGGCCGUGGAGAAGAACCGGGUUUUAUUUAUAAAAUUAUACCCAGAAAUUUCGAAUAUAACCAGAGACAAUCCCCCGAUUGCAUCUUUUAUCAUUCGGGUCGUUAGUUCUGCCGGGGAUCGCAAGGCCUUGACCCAUCCAGUCGUGAAAGACAGACUGAUCAAGAACAGCGAAGACUUUGUUUGGGCACUCGAGGUUCCAGUAACAGGGAAAUUCAUUGUUGACGUCGAGUUCCUUGAUUUAAAGACUGCAUCUCCAAACGGUGGAGAACCUUCCUCCAUCUGGGCUGAAGGACUUACACCGAAGGCAUCAAAUGCAACGGCUCUUGAAGCUCUUGGUCGAAUGCUAGCUGAAGGAAUCCACACAGACAUACUGAUCAAUGCAUCUGAUGGAAGCAUUGGAGCUCAUCGUGCAGUUCUUGCUGCCCGAUCCCCUGUUUUUCGCAGCAUGUUCUCGCAUAACCUCAAGGAGAAGGAGCUAUCAACUAUAAACAUUGAAGACAUGUCCAUUGAUGCUUGCCAGGCAUUCCUCAAUUAUCUUUAUGGUAGCAUAAAAACUGAAGAAUUUCUCACACACAGGCUUGUCCUUCUUCAUGCAGCUGACAAAUAUGACAUAUCUGACCUGAAAGAGGCAUGCCAUGAAAGCCUUUUAGAAGAUAUUGAUACCAAAAAUGUUCUUGAGAGGCUUCAAAAUGCAUCCUUGUACCAAUUACCAAAACUGAAGAGUAGUUGUUUACGAUAUCUAGUAAAAUUUGGGAAGAUGUACGACAUUCGUGAUGAUUUCAACUCCUUCCUACAGUGUGCAGAUAGGGAUCUGAUUGCUGAAGUCUUCCAUGAAAUUCUCAAUGCCUGGAGAGGGUUCUAAAGAUAUUCCUAUUUGGAAGGAGAGGAAGAUAUAUUAAAACAAAAACAAACUCAUAAGAUGGGAUGCUUGGAUUUUUAGUUGCUAUUUUUUGGGAAGGACUUGUUUUCAGGAAUGCUAUUCUUUUCUAGCGAUUGGCAUUUGUUAUGAUUUCAAUGUACAUAUUCAUGUAAUACUCUUGGAAUAUAGAUCAAAUUAUUCUUGAUCACAAGAAAAAAUGUAUACUGUGUGUGAAGGUAGAAAACAAUGAUUUCAAGAACCGAAUUGGUUCUGAUGAUA